AUGUGGAGACUGAGUGUUUGGUGGCUCCUGAGCAGAGUCUGUCUGCUGUUCCCGCCGCCCUGUGCCCUCGUGUUGGCCGGGGUGCCCCUCUCUUCUUGCCACCCGCAGCCUUGCCGGAUCCUCAAACGGAUCGGGCACACGGUAAGGAUCGGGGCGGCGCACCUACAACCUUGGGUUGCCUUCCAAGGCGGGGCAGGAGGCUGGAGAGCUCACAAUGAUAUCCUGCUUCGAAGCCACUCUGCUGGGGAAGAAUCUGGGUCGCAGGACCCCGGGACUCCAGAGAGGUGGAAAACGGGGAUCGGUGUGAGAAGGCGAGCAAACCUGGGCACGGAGAACCUGAUCGACAAAGAGAGUCCGGACCAGGCGCCACAACUGCCUCUAAUACCGAGGGAGGCGCUCCUGUUGGCGGCGGAGAACCUCAACCGCGUCAAGGGGCUUCUGCCUUACAACCUUUCUCUGGAAGUGGUGAUGGCUAUCGAGGCGGGCCUGGGCGAUCUACCUCUUUUCCCCUUUUCUUCGCCCAGCGCCUCCUCCUGGAGCAACGACCCGGUCUCCUUCUUGCAGAGCAUCUGCCACACUGUGGUGGUACAAGGCGUCUCGGCCAUUCUUGCCUUUCCGCAGAGCAGAAGCGAGAUCCUACAGAUGGACUUCGUUGCCACCGCUUUGCACAUUCCAGUGAUCAGCAUCGUACUCAAUGAGUUUCCUCGAAAGAGUCAGAAUCCCCUUCACCUGCAGUUGAGUUUAGAACGUUCCCUGAGUUUUGAUGCUGAUGUCACUUUUUCAAUCUUGGCCUUGAACAACUGGUAUAAUUUUAGUUUGAUGGUAUGCCAGGAAGAGUGGAACAUCACAGAUUUUCUCUUCCUUACUCAGCAGAGCUCCAAAUUUUAUUUGGGAUCCAUUAUAAAUAUUACAGGAAACCUCACAUCAGCCAGCGACCUCUUGACCUAUCUGCAGUUUCAUCUGGAGAACAUUAAGGAUACAACUUCAACAGUGGUGAUGUUUGGAUGUGACAUGGAAAGCACAAGGAGGGUUUUUGAGAUAACCACACAAUUUGGGGUUAUGCCACCUGAACUUCAUUGGAUUCUUGGGGAUUCACACAAUGUGGAAGAGCUGAGGACAGAAGGUUUGCCCCUAGGUCUUAUAGCUCAUGGGAAAACAACACAAUCUUUUUUUGAAGAUUAUGUGCAGGAUGCAAUGGAGCUGGUAGCUAGAGCAGUUGCUUCAGCUACAAUUAUCCAACCAGAACUGGCAUUGAUUCCAAGUACAACCAACUGCUUGAGCACAGAGGAAAAGAAUCUCACAUCAGGCCAGUAUUUAUCAAAGUUUUUAGCCAACACUACGUUCCAUGGGCUCAGUGGCCACAUUAAGGUAAAAGGUUCUUCCAUCAUUAGUUCAGAAAACAAAUUCUUCAUUUGGAAUCUGCAACAUGACCCUGUUGGGAACCCAAUGUGGACUCGCUUGGGGAGUUGGCAAGAAGGCAAGGUUGUCAUGGAUUAUGGGAUCUGGCCAGAGCAGGCUCAGAGGCACAAGAAUCACAACCAGCAUCCAACUAGGCUACAUCUGAGGGUGGUGACACUCAUUGAACAUCCCUUUGUAUUCACAAGGACUGUGGAUGAUGAAGGAUUGUGUCCUGCAGGACAAUUCUGCCUGGAUCCCUUGACCAAAGAUUCAGCCAUUCUGGAUGCUCUUUUUGAAAGCCUCCAAGGAGACAAUGACACAGUACCCACCAAAUUCAAGCAGUGCUGCUAUGGCUACUGCAUAGAUCUUUUGGAAAAGUUGGCUGAAGAUAUGAACUUUGAUUUUGACCUGUAUAUCGUCGGUGAUGGGAAAUACGGUGGCUUGAAAAAUGGUCAGUGGACAGGACUGGUAGGUGAUCUUCUGGCUGGGACAGCCCACAUGGCCGUGACAUCUUUCAGCAUCAACACAGCCCGUAGCCAAGUGAUUGAUUUCACCAGCCCUUUUUUUUCCACCAGUUUGGGCAUCCUGGUGAGGACCAAAGACACAGCAGCUCCUAUUGGGGCCUUUAUGUGGCCGCUUCACUGGACCAUGUGGCUGGGCAUCUUUGUAGCUCUACACAUCACUGCAAUCUUCCUGACUCUGUAUGAGUGGAAAAGCCCCUUUGGAAUGACCCCAAAGGGAAGAAACAGGGAGAAGGUUUUCUCCUUUUCCUCUGCUUUGAAUGUCUGUUAUGCCAUCUUGUUUGGGAGAACAGCUGCCAUCAAACCUCCAAAGUGCUGGACGGGAAGGUUUCUAAUGAAUCUCUGGGCCAUUUUUUGUUUAUUUUGUCUCUCCACAUACACUGCUAACCUGGCUGCUGUUAUGGUGGGAGAAAAAAUCUAUGAAGAAUUGUCUGGAAUACAUGACCCCAAGCUGCAUCACCCUUCCCAGGGGUUUCGCUUUGGAACUGUGAAAGAAAGCAGCGCUGAAGAUUAUUUCAAGCAAAGCUUCCCAGAUAUGCAUGAAUACAUGAAACGGUUCAAUGUACCUGCAACUCCUGAUGGAGUGGAAUACUUGAAGCAGGAUCCAGAGAAAUUAGAUGCCUUCAUCAUGGACAAAGCCCUUCUAGAUUAUGAAGUAUCCAUUGAUGCAGACUGUAAACUUUUGACAGUGGGAAAACCAUUUGCAAUUGAAGGGUAUGGUAUUGGCCUUCCUCCAAACUCUCCACUGACCUCAAAUAUUUCUGAACUCAUCAGCCAGUAUAAGUCCCAUGGCUUCAUGGAUGUCUUACAUGACAAGUGGUACAAAGUGGUACCAUGCGGAAAAAGAAGCUUUGCUGUGACGGAGACCCUACAAAUGGGCAUCAAGCACUUUUCCGGGCUAUUUGUGAUGUUGUGUGUUGGAUUUGGCCUGUCUAUUCUCACUACCAUUGGAGAACAUAUCAUAUACAGGUUAAUGAUACCACGAAUUAAAAAGAAAUCCAAGAUGACAUAUUGGCUCCAUACAAGUCAGCGACUGCACUGGGCUCUAAACAACUCAUUUAUGGAAGACAAGCACCAGCUUAAAACAAAGCCAGUUGAAAAGAAGUCCAGUCCCAGAAACAGUCAAGUUUCAGUCUGGAACACUGCUAGCCCUGGCAACUGCCACAGAAGGAAAUACAUCUGCAGUAUUGAAAAACCGAGUGAAGUGAUGCUCAAACAACUGCAGCAUGAUACAGCGUUUCCCUCCUUGAAAAGAGACUCUCCAGGGACUACCAACGGGAAAGCAGACGCUCUGAACACUGCUAGGACCUCAGUGAUCCAGGAACUCUCAGAACUGGAGAAGCAGAUUGAAGUGAUCAAGCAGGAACUGCAGAUAGCGGUGAGCAGGAAACUGGAGCUGGAGGAAUUUCAGAGGACAAAUAGAACUGUGGAGCUUUGAGAGGGUUCACCCUUGUACCUUCUCGGACUGUAAUAAUUUGUAUUACACCCUCACCUUUGGGCUUUGUUUUUGUGUAAUGCUAAGAAGUGGCACCACACAGUCAGCAAGCAAUAGGUCUACAGUAGCUCCCGCCUUCCUGCAAAAGCGACACUACCAAAAGAUGGCCGCAUUCUGGUUACCGGAAUACUUCAAAGUACCAACAGGUCCUUCUCUGUGGGAAGUUUUAGCCUAAGUAGAAAGGGUUGAUCUCAGGCUACAGGAAUUUGAAGCCUCCAGACCACACAGCACCUAUUUUCUUUCUCACUAGAAUUAAAUGGAUUUUCCUACUUUUUACUCUUCCCCCUCCCUUGCAUUAAUUAAAACAAAAGAGCAAGAGUCUUUCAAAGAUUAUUCAGAAUUGUUCUCUGCAUGUAUUUUGCUAUUCAAAAUUUUUAAACCUAUAUAGUUGUGUCUCAAACUCUGGGCUCUAAGGGUCCUUUGGGUACUGGCCUUCUCUGUAAUUGGCACAAGAGGACUACAGAUAUUCCCUACAACAUCACUUGCAAAGAUUAAACACAUUAAUAAGGGGUUUUAAUUAUGCCCCGUUCUUAAGUACCCAUUAUUGAAAAAUUAUACCAUGGUUGGAAGGAAAUCCUCAGGAUAGCUUUCAAAAAUUGGGCAUUGAGGUAGGAACAUAUGGAAUUUCUGUCCCUUCUGAAGACAAACAAGGAAAAAUCUGCUCUGAAUUUGCAUCCACAUUAAAAACAAAGGCAGACUGGUUUUGGUUCAAACUUUUGCUGUUCCAAGGCAUUACGUAACCACAUACCAGAUAUCUUUUAUAUGUGGAUGUACUCAAAAUAUGGCUUCCAGUCUCCAAUUCUACUGGUAUAGCCCAGCACUCUGAUCAUACUAUUUUUGGAUAAUAUGUGCAGAUUGCUUCUCACUGACAACUACCAUCUUAUAUUCCUUGCUAUUUCCAUUCUCAGAAUUGCAAAAGGUCCACCCAACUUUCUCUACUAUAUAAAAUAAUUCUACAGCCACCCUCAGCAGAUGUUGUAGAUACACACUCUUAAUUUUGUUCAAAGGUAGUAUUUUAAGAUUCUUUCAUUUUAAGUUCCAAACAGAGUAGGGCUAUAUUUUUUUGAGUUGUUCACUUAAGACAAACAAAUAAGCAAGCCUUGAAUUAUAAAACAUUUUGUUUCAAUGUGUUGAGUGCUUAUAGAAAAUUUUGUACUUGGCAAAGCAUUCAAAAUGCUUUCCUAUCUCCUCACAUUUUACAACCCUUACAGCAUCCCGUAGACCCUUAAUUGUCACUUCUGUGCUUUACAACUAAUUUGCGACAGAGUGAAUAGAGAACACGGAAAUAAAAUCAUAAGUCACAGUCAUGUGAUGUUUCACUUAAUGACUAGAGCAAAUGUGCAGUGGUAUAUCUGUCACAAUCAUGUGAUUUGCUGCCUAAUAUCCCCAGCUUCACAAACAAUCUUAUUAAGAAUGAAAAAGUAUAAAAGCAAAUGUUUUUAUACCAUGAAAAAUUCAAAUAGCAAAAAAAACAAACAGUGUGAAAGUGUGAAAAGGGGAAGUUUGAAAAAGAAAGGAGUUUUGCUUUCACACUUUUUCUUUCUUGUUUCUUUACAACAACUGCGACAGAAUUUCUCAUUUAAACUGUGGUCACUAAGCAAGGACUACUUAUAUACACUUUGGACAAAGAUCUACUGUUUUGCCACUUUUUUCAGACUAGACCCUUUUCCAAGAGUUUGCUUCCACAAAAUAAUCCUCUUGCUGCCCUUGACAGGAUACAUGGCUUGAGCGUAUUUUUUAAAUAUCAAAGGAGAAAUUUUAAAACUACCAGUUAAAAUAUUCUUUAAAGUGUUUUUCUAUUACCAGAGUAUUAUUUAUAUAUAUAAAUAUUCCAUGUCAUGUUCUGAGAAGCUACCAUUUUAGGCUGGUGGUGGGGAAACUCUGGUCCCUCAUUAGUCCAAAACUAACUUUAGUGGCUAAAUGUUUUUUGAAGCUCGGUGGUAUCCUUCAGUGAAAUGUGUUGUGUAAGUUGCCAGUGAUGAUGGCUUGCUCUCCAGUUGUUAAAUGUGUAUACUUCAUGCGGGUGCUAUACAAGCAGUGGGUGCAACAAUAUAUGGUGUACAACCAAUCAACAUUAUCAUUCUGUCUCCCAUUCCCCUAAAUCACCCUGCCUACACACACACACAAAAUCAUUGUUAGUAUGGUCCAAUUUACAAGCUACUCUAAAUGACAUAAUCCUGGGUCUCAAAGAUGAUUUUAUAUUAUUCCAAGCAAUAUGCUUCUUUUUCUUUCUACUGUCAACACUGGGGCCUCAUACAUAGUUAUAUAUCAAGCCGAUAAUGCUCACCCUGUACAGAGGGGGCUGCUGACAAGGAAUAUAACUAUGAAAUCCAACCUAAUCAGAUCCAAAGUAUGUAUUACAUUAUGUUGCUUGGCACAGGAGUAGUGACAGAAGAGGCAAGUCAAAUCAAAGUAAUGUAUAUAUUAGGGCCUUGUAUAAUUUGACCGGUUCACUUUCAAGUUUUUCUGCCAAUCAAAGAUUGAGAAAACAUAGCCUAUACACAUGGCACAUAGAUUUAACUUUUGCAUCCAAGAUAUGUGAGAAUAUGUAUGUGAGAAUAUGAACACAGACCCAUAAUAGGGGUUUGCCCCUAAAAACUGCCAACAGUUUUUGUGUAGAAAAUGCAGUACAGUAAUCCACCAACAAAUGUGCUAAUUAAUGUCUAGAUGCCUAAUGCCUGACUAAUGUCUCUCUACUCACUAAGUCACCAGUGAUUUUAUCCAAUUAUUAAGAAGCCCCUCUCUUUCCUUAAGUAUUUCAUUGGCAUCUUCAAAUAUCCAAAGCCAGCACUACAACACAUCUUAUACCUUCGGCAUCAAUGAGUGAAGUCUUUCCUUGACUUCUGUAAGCUGCCCUGGCCAUCGCCUUUUCUGAAUGAAAAUUCUGGUUGAGGAAUGUGCUGGUUUUUUGUUUUAUUUUGGUUUUAAAUAAAUUUUAAUACUACUUGUUCAGGCGUGUUCAUUUGCUUUACAGCUUGGAUCUAGCUGACAAGCUGAUUGGAUGACAAAAUGCAAACUCACUCUGUGGAGACGAGUUAUGUUUUAUUUGCCCAAUAUGAAGACUGUUUUUCAUGAAUUAUCUGUAAAUGUGGGGGGUGGAGAGAAUCAACUCUCAUUCAGAGACAGAAAUUGAUAAAAACAAAUAGGUGGAAAAAGACAUUUCUGUUCCAAAAUCUUGAUUCUUAAAAACUAACCAUAAUUGGGAUGGCUGCUUGCCUAGUGAAUUUUUACCCUUCAAGGUAACUCAUGCCUAACCAGGGCUUUUGGGUUAACUUCAUCCAUUUGUAUUCUUCUCUGUACCGUAUAACUGUUCUUUUUUCUUCCCUAUCUUCAUUUUUGCCAGUUAAUCCAAACAUAAAAUGGAUUUCAUCACAGAAUGAAUCUUCUAUGUGAUACAAUUCAGCAGAAUAUAUGUAUUUUUUUUUCUUUUAAUGACCCUGUAAUCCCAUUCAUCAGGGUGAAGUUGGGACGACUGAAUGGAGCUGAGCGGUUACUGGCCAGAUGCCCUUCCUGACAUCUACAUGGAGUUCACAGCAGACAAUUACUCAUUGCGGCCAGAUAGAGAAAUAUCUGCCACUACCUAGGAACAAAUCCAUAGCCUCCUGAUUGUGAGGCAAGAGUCCCAUCUCUAGGUCACCACAUUACUCCAGGAGAAUAUGAGAGAUUCAUCAUCAUUUUAGACAUUGUAUAUCCACUGCAGGAUGAAAGCCUCUCUCUUCCGUAUGUUUCCAACCAAUAUGAUCCUGCAAUACUUGCUGAUGUCAUCAACCUAUCUUGCUUCAAGGAUAUGAGAUUACCAUACAUUAAAUCAAUUACUGGUUCAUCUUGGUCUUGGACAGUAUCAUCUCAAGGACUGCAUACCCAGAAAAUAAAAUCCCUUCAAUAUUGUCAGAAGCAAAAAAAAAUAUUCAGAGAUGAUUCUCUUUAUUAAGUGGGUAUCUUGCAGCUUAAAUGUAUAUUCUAACACCCUAAGAUGGUCUUGAAAUUCAAUAGCAAAAUACCAUGUUUCAACAGCUAUUUUCUUAUUAUAUAUUGCAUGUAAGUACAUCCUCAACCUGAAAUCAACUCUAUUUUGCCUAAAUUUGGUGGAAGACCAAAUUUAGAUACCAAUAGGAACAGGAAUGAGAGUCAAAUCAUUCCUGUCCCCACCUUUAGCAUUCCUGGGAAAAGGCCCAAAAGCAUCACUGAAAAUCUAGGGAGUUUUGUUGGUAAGUGAUUAAGGGAAGGAGUGUGGUUGUUUAUGCAUUUCACUGAAUUUAUUAACUCAUCCCAAUCCCACAGGAUAUUGUGAGCGUACCACAUCAAUGAGAAGAAAGUUAUUAUUAUAACAUAAUCAUAAAUGAGUCAAUUGGAAUAAUAUCAACUCCCUUCCAAUGAGCAAAUAUAAGUCCCAAAGAAAACCCAAGAAAUGUGCCCACACUUUUAAUCAGCGGAAUCAAAACUAUAUUAAAAUGAAAAUAGUUUAAAUCUAUUUCCAGCAUUGCAGCAAGUGGAAACUGUACUUGG